CUGUGCCCGACGAGGCGGACAUUUUAGAAACGUGGCUGUCCUAUUUUUGGAGCUCCGCGGUGAAAUCAGACAGAAAAGAGGAGAAUCUGACCUCAGACCUGUAAAUCUACUUUUCAGAGACGCCCUGACUUCUGUAUUUGAGGAGCUUCCAGGAGCAGAAUGGGCGGAACCUCGGCUCGUUUGUGGUUCGCGGUGAUUUUGGCUUCGUCCUGCGGAGCUUCCACCGCUACAGAUGGUCUGGUGGUUUCUGUGAGGAGUCCCAUCUUGGUACAACGCAACCACACGACCACGUUACCAUGCUGGCUCGAACCGCCGCAAGACGCAGAGGAUCUGGAGGUCCGCUGGUAUCGUGGCAGCGACUUCGACAAUCCCAUCAUGCUUUACCGGGAGAAGAAGGUCUACAGUGAAAAGCAGCCGGCUUCGUACGCUGGUCGAGUCUGGUUCGGCCCAAAGGACGACAAGUCGGGCGGGUUGAGGUCCGGCGACGUGAGCCUGAAGCUGGAGAAUGCGACCAUCGAAGACGCAGGAGAGUACACCUGUUAUGUCAGCAGUUACCAGGCUUAUGACAGUGACACUGUCCGUCUCCUUGUGACAGAAACCGGAUCCCCUCUACUGUUGUCACCCGUGUGGAAAGAAGACAAGAGGGUGAACGUGAGCUGUAAAUCUGAACGCUGGUAUCCACAACCGACGCUGCGCUGGUCGGACGGCAAGCAGGAUCUGAGAGCUGGAAAUGUGAUGUACGGCAAAGAUUCUUCUGGUCUCAUUUGGGUCCACAGUUGGGUUCUCGUCCAGAGCUCCUCGGAGGUCUCCUGCUCUGUAGGUCUCUCUACAAUAGCAGUAAAGGAGGCCAGGAUGUCCCUUAAAGAGCCUCCUCAACCUGCUCCAAGCGAGUCAGGAUCCUCAGCGGCUGGAUGGGUGGCCUUCGCGUUGCUCCUCGUAGCCACAGCAGUAGUGUUCGCUGUACUUGCAGCUAUGUACAUCAAAAAGAGAGGGAAGAACUCCAAAUCCGAACCAUCUGACGAGACUGUCCCCUUUUUGCCAAAAGACGGGAAGCAGCCAUCGGUUCUAACAAGACUUCGCGAAUAUUACGUGAAUAUUAAACUUGAUGAGCCGAAACAUAAAUUCCUCACUGUUAAAGGCACUAUGCUGCGAGACACCAAAUGUGAUGACUUUCCUGAUGGACCAAGCGUUACCUGUCUCACUGCUAUCAAAGGAACUCCUGGGUUCUCUGGUGGACAACACUACUGGGAGGUUUCAUUGGGUCCUUUGGAUAAUCCAGCAGUCGGCCUCAAACAGUCCUGGUGGGUCGGAGUUACAAGUAGACCUGAAAUUCUUCAGGAGUCAGUUUCUCCAAACACAUCUAAUGGCUUCUGGUUCCUGUCUUCUUCUCCCGACUCAGCAGACGUGUUUCAGUUUAGCACUAAACCAAGGGUUUUUAUUGGCUGUCCACGACCGCAGAAGGUCGGUGUGUUUCUGGAUUAUGACGGUGGAGAGCUCUCCUUUUAUAACGUGAACGAUGAAACUCUGAUUGGAUCUUUCAAAGUCAAAUUCACAGGUGAAGUCUUUCCAUUUUUCAAUCCUGGGAAAGGUGAUGCAGCACCUAUGGAGAUUUUACACAAGAAGGAGGAGAACCAUCGUGGUGAAGAGGAGAAUUCUGUAGAUUCAGUCACACACGAGACUGAAGCUUAAAAUCAGAAUUAAAGAAAUACGUUGCUGCAGCAUCUCAGACUUUAUUUAUUAGCUAUUUGGGACUCAAAACUAAGUCCUAUUUCAUAUAUUCUCAGACCGGGGAGUCUUUCUAUUUUCCCCUCAGAACAACAUCUUACCUGUGAAACCAUUUUAAUAGUUCGAUCUGUAAAACACUUUCCUCCUACAACCAUGAAAUUUGGUGAAGGCACCGCUGCAACAGUUUCCAAAUGUUUGAAUGGCUCCAGCAAAGGCCAAACUGUAAUUACUGGAGUUUGAAAAUGGGGAAAAGUGCAAAAAUUUCAAUCUAGGGUGGUUGUUGGGCCCCAAAAAGUUCCUCUAAGUGUAUUUUUAUGGAUGUAUCCAUGAUUCCUACUGAUAAUACAGUCCUUCACCAACUUCUGAGGCCUCUAACAUCCGUAGAAGUCGAUGUGUGGCAGGUGUGGCAAGACAGGGUUCCAGUGUUUUGCUAUUUUUAUAUGAUGUGGACCUAUUGGUUGGACCACAAAAACUGGUGUAUAUAGGGGUUUAUAUAUGGUCAUUAUUUGUGUAGCUGCUACAAAAUACCAAAAACAUGGAACCAUGUCUCACCACACAUCGAGUUCUGCUGAUGUUAGAGCCUCAAAAGUGGAUGAAAAGUUGACUGAAGGCUGUUAUUUUAGUAGUAAACAUGGAUCCAUCCUUAUAGACUCACUUACAGGAACUUUCUGGACCCCAGUUACCACCAAGUAAAAAAUUGGGAUCUGCUGGAGAAUCUACAGAAAACGGUUCCGUCUCUGUCCUCACCAAAUGUCCUGGUUGUAGGAGUUAACUUUCUGGAGAUGUUGAAUCCCCUAAAUGGUUUCCAGGUUAGACGUCUUUUUGAGGGUGACAAUGCAAAAAUUUCCAGAUCUGAAAAUACACGGAAGUCUUAAAAUUCAUCCAAAAAAUAUUUUACAGAGUUUUGGGUCCCAAAUAAGAAAUAAAUAAACUCUG